AUGAACGAGUUCAGCGUGCUCACACAAACUGUGCCAGUCAUUGACGACAUGUGGCGGUCCAUCAACUCCUACGACCAGUUUCUCUCAAUGAUGGAAACAGCUAUGGUGGAGGAUUUCAAAGCCGAGGCGAAGAUUGAAAUCCCGUGCGUCUGGGGAGACUACAGUGAACAAACAACUCGUAAUGGGCCGCUGUGCUGUCAGGAGGCCCAGAUCAAGGAUGCAUUGAGAACGUUCUCAAUCCCGAUGGAAGCCGAAAAGAUGAUCAUUGAUUUUGCAUCCUGCAGGUGCAAACCUUCGAGGAUGGCUUGUUCGCUCGAGACUUGA